UCAAAAAACCUAAUCUAUUAUCUGAAACCCUAAUCGCCGCCAAUCUUCUUCUUCCUGCUGGGAGAGAAUCGGGAGAAACUAAGCACUCCAGGAAUAGAUGGAGUUAGAAGUACUAUCCGCCUCCGGUCGAGGCUCUGAGAAGCUAAGUUUACCUGCUCUUCAAUCGAAGAUGAAAUGUGAUCCAGAAGGUUACGUGACAGAGCUUGAACUCAUCUACGGUCAAUUCAAGUCAUCUCUUUAUAUCUUUCAACAACAAGCCUCAAUGAACUUCACCUCCCUUACUGGAAUUAAAACUGAUCCUGCCAUCUCAAAAAAUCUAGCAGAUCGAGUCAUGUUCUUAGCUCAUGUUACUCCUUUUUUCCCUAAGCACCUUUCUCAGUUCCCUAAGGAACUCGCUAGUUUUUUACAAUCAUCUGCUCCUACUCUGCCUUCAUCGCUUCGCUGCACUGUUACCAAAGCCUUGAUACAACUUAUCAAUCGCAAUAUGGUUGAUCUUGGAGAGAACCUUCCUUUAUUUAUGGAGCUUCAAACAUUAGGAGAUACGGUAUUGAGAAAGUUGGCAUCCACACAUAUAGUUCGUAGAAUUAAGAAGAUGAAUCAGAAGCAUAAGAAUGAUGUUAAAAACAGGGCAUUACAGAAUAUCAUAUUUAAUAUGCUGCAGCAAGAGGAUGAAUUAAAAGCAAAGAGGUCUCUCAUCAUUCUCUGUGAACUUCACAAGAGAAAGGUGUGGUUUGAUGAUAGAACCGCCAAUGCAAUUUGCUUAGCGUGUUUUCACCCCUCGUCAAGAAUAAUGAUUGCUGCCCUUUCAUUUCUUCUUGACUAUGAGAAGAUUCAGUAUGAUGAAGAUGAUGAUGAUAGUGAUGCAGAUAGUGAGGAUGAGUUGGCUGCUAAGAAAAACGAAGUUGUUUUAAGUAGAGAAGCCCUAUAUAAGGCUUUUCACAAAGGAACAGUCUCUAGCAAGAAGAAAAAGAAGGCCAAACUAUUACGUGUCAAGCGUAGCUUGAAGAAGCAACAACGCAAGUCUACUGAUGAUGGGAAACCUGAUUUCUAUUCACCACUUUACCAUCUUAAAGAUGCACAGGGCUUUGUUGAAAAGUUUUUUUCCCGUCUUCAAGCUUGUACUGAGCGGUUUGAGGUUAAGAUGAUGAUGCUUAAGUUAAUUGCUAGAACGAUAGGGCUUCACAGCUUGAUUUUACUUAACUUUUAUCCCUUCCUUCAAAAAUAUGUCCAGCCCCACCAACGGGAUGUCACAAAUUUACUUGCUGCAGCUGUUCAAGCCUGCCAUGAUAUGGUGCCACCAGAUGCAGUUGAACCUUUGUUUAAGCAACUAGUUAAUCAAUUUGUACACGAUAAAUCCCGCACUGAGGCCAUUACCGUUGGAUUGAAUGUAGUGAGGGAGAUUUGCAUCCGUAUUCCUUUGUUGAUGACUGAAGAGUUGCUACAAGACCUUGUACUGUAUAAGAAGUCCAAUGAGAAGUCUGUUUCAUCAGCUGCUCGUUCACUUAUUUCUUUAUUCAGAGAGAUCUGCCCUUCACUUCUCAUAAAGAAGGAUCGUGGUCGACCUAAUGAUCUAAAAGCAAGACCAAAAGAAUUUGGUGAAGCACAUUCUUCUAGUAAUGUCCAUGGUAUUGAAUUUCUACAAGGUCAGGACAACUCUGACAAUGAUGAGGACGAAAAUCCAUUGGAUUUGGAUGAAGAAGAGGAUGAUGUUGAAGCGGAAGAUGAUGAUUUUGAUAGUAUUAGUGAUGAUGAAGAAGCAGAUGAGGAUGAAUGUGAAGCAGACAGUGAUGAAAGCAUGGAAGAUUGUAGUGAUGAAGAUAUGGAUGACUGUGAAGAGAGAAGUAAUGCCAGUGAGCCUAAAUCGCGAAAGAGGAAGUUAUCUGAUUUUGAUGGGCAGUUAGAUGUUGCCGAGUCAAGUCUUCGGGCUUUGAAACGAUUAGCAAGAGAAGAGACAAAAGUUGGGCUACCAAACACCACAGAAGAAAUCGCUGAUGGCAUUCUUUCUAACGAGGAUUUCAAAAGAAUUAAGGAACUAAAGGCGAAGAAUGAGGCAAAAACACUUUUCAAGCAACAUGGAUUGUUGAAAGAUGAUUUUGAUGGAAAGUCAACUUCAAAUGGCCCAAACUUUGAUAACCUUAGCACGAGGAGAGUUGACCCUGGGAAACUUGAAGCUGGUAUUAGGAGAAAGCAAACAAAAGAUGAAAGACUGGCUUCAAUUAGAGAAGGGAGGGAAGAUAGAACAAAAUAUCAGUCUCGUACUGCUACCAAACAGAAAAAGGUUGGUGGUUCUAGUAACCGACAGAAGGAACACAAGAAGAAAAUGCCACUUGCGGCAAAAAGAUCGAAAAUAGUAAAGUCUCGCCAAGAGAAAAAGAAGAAACAGAAGCGAGCAAGCACCCAGUUUAGGGGCAGAAAAGCAUGGAAAUCAUAAAGCACCAUGCACCCAGUUUAGGGGCAGAAAAGCAUGGAAAUCAUCAAGCACCAUGUUUGUGUUUUGACAGGAAACUACUCUGAUUUUAUUUUAUUUCUUCUUCUAUUUUAAACACUAUAUUAUGUUUUUUGAAUUUACAUGAAACUCAGAAUUUUGGGUUAGUUUGAUUUUACAUUUCUUUAAUAUUUAUUACAAGAACCCAUGUUUAUUUUUAUAUGAGAAAUAUAAUUAUUUAGUAUUUAAUGUUC